GUGGAAAUAAAUUACAGACCACAGCGAAGAUGGACGAUGCUAAAGUGGAGGCUUCUAAGCCUGCAACGCCCUCUCAAGGUGACUCCAAGACCGAAGAUUCUCUGUCGGCCUUGGCCGCCCUACAGAGUGACGUCCAGCCUGUCGGUCAUGACUAUGUGGAAGAAGUCCGGAACGAUGAAGGCAAGGUCAUCCGCUUCCACUGCAAGCUCUGUGAAUGUAGUUUCAACGAUCCCAAUGCCAAGGAAAUGCAUCUUAAAGGUCGUCGGCAUCGCCUGCAAUACAAGAAAAAGGUGAACCCGGAACUGCAGGUGGAGGUGAAGCCCAGCAUCCGAGCUAGAAAGAUUCAGGAGGAAAAGAUGAGAAAGCAGAUGCAGAAAGAGGAGUACUGGAGACGGAGGGAGGAGGAGGAGCGCUGGAGAAUGGAGAUGCGGUAUGG